CAAACUCAAACUCGGACUCCGACGGGCGUCCGUUAAUAGCAACCACGCAUGGAAGACGUAGCAACGUAGCAUGCUCGGCGGUGGAUUCAACCUGCGCCUCGUGCCCUCGUUUCCACCGGAAGUCGAAGCUCCAAUGGCGGCGGCGGCGGCGAUGGCGGCGGUAGCCAUGUCAGGCUCCAUGGAGGCUUCUCCGGCGGCCGCGGUGGUGCCCUGCCGGCGAGACAUGAAGCGGCGGUUACAGGAGGAGAUUGACGCGGUGCGUGGCCUCCUCGGCAAGGCGGAGGCGUUGGUGGCCGUGGCGAGCGAGGACGUCAAUGGCAGCGCGGCGGCGUCGGCGUCGGCGGUGGCGAAGCGCUCCCCACGACGAGUCCGGUCGCCUCCUCGCCGUGGUAGGAGCAAUCGCGAGGAGCUCGAUCGAGCGAGGGAUCGUCGCCAUGGCGGCAGGAGCGAUCGCGAGGUGUUCGAUCGAGGGAGGGAUCGCCGCCAUGGCGGCAGGAGCGAUCGCGAUCGCGAGGUGUUCGAUCGAGCGAGGAAGAUUCCUCGCCGGCGGCCGCACGAGGCGGAGUCCGAACCGCGCAAGAUCGAGGCCGCAGCGGGCGCGCCGCCGCAAUGCCAGGCCAAAGACGGCGAGAUCGCGCCGGCGAUGGACGCGUCGCCGUCGCUCUGCGAGCGGGAGGAGGGCGAGAUCGCCGACGAUCAUGGCGCGGCACUGGACAUCGACAUCGACAUCCCCCGCGGCGGCGCCAUCUCUCCUCUAGUGGUGAACAAGGCUCAGUCCUCACCGCUCGCCAAGAACGACGACGACGACGAGCUCGUCGACAUCUCCGGCGAAGCCUCCCCGGUCGCAAUCGAGAACUUCCCGGAAGCCACUAAAUCGAGCAUCAGUCCGAGCAGCGAUGAACCCUCACUGGGAAACUACUCCGGCGACGACGACGACGACGACGGCGACGACGGUGAGAGCAGCAAGAAACCGGACACGACAUGUCUUCCCACCGAAGCCGCGGCGACGGCGACGACGCCAUUGGUGGCGGCGGCGGCAUCACCUCCAGCCACACAGACGAGCCAGCUGAUCGCCAUAGCCAAGGAGAAGCAGAGGCUCCGGCGAGAGCUCGAGAGGAGGGCGGCGCGGGAGGCGCUGGAGGCGAUGGCGAGGGCGGCGCGGCCGAUCCGCGACGACAUCGCCGCCACGGACAUGAUGCAGCUCGGUCUCUUCGAGACGCAGUACAUCGUCAGCACCGAGAAAUCCCAGGAUAGCCUGCGCCGCGGCAGCGGCGGCCUGCUUCAGCAGCUCGGCUUCUUCCUCAAACCAGAGUAUUCAUGAGAGCAUCGAGCAGAGCAAGUAGUUCUAGGCUUCUAGCCUCUAGCUGGGCAAUUACACAGUUUUUCAACCUCCAGCCAUCUAGAGACAUUUAGUUUAUCAUUCAUGGUGAGAAAAUUGAAGAGGGUGCUCCGGGGUAUCCAUGGGUCUCGUGGGUGGGACUCUAGUCCCCCCUGCACCCACGUUGGAUCCGCCCCUGGCUAAGAGGAAUGUAGGUAUGUGUUCUUGUGAAAUUGGGAUGGAAUGAUGGAUCAUGAUCAUGAUCUAAGUGUGUUCUUCGAUUCUUUCACUUGCUCUCAGGAUUGCAAGCCUUGAUUUGAGCAAGCUGUGUCAAUGCGAUGUAAAUUAAACCAUUGAUUAGUUUGCACUUGCACCCAGUUUGUGCUGGCAAUAGCUCUACUAGAUGUUACUGUAUUUGUUUCUGAUGCUGUGAUAUGAAGUUAUGAAUUGUAUUAAACAAUCAUUUCGCCUU